UAGCAUUAGCAUUAGCAUUAGCAGCAGUUUAGUGGCGGUUUAGCGGCAGCAGCGGCUCAAGAUGUCGAUCGAAAUCGAAUCCUCCGACGUGAUCCGGCUCAUCAUGCAGUACCUGAAGGAGAACAGCCUGCACCGCGCGCUCGCCACGCUGCAGGAGGAGACCACCGUGUCCCUCAACACCGUGGACAGCAUCGAGAGCUUCGUGGCGGACAUCAACAGCGGGCACUGGGACACGGUGCUGCAGGCCAUUCAGUCGCUGAAGCUGCCCGACAAGACCCUCAUCGACCUCUACGAGCAGGUCGUGCUGGAGCUGAUCGAGCUGCGGGAGCUGGGGGCUGCCAGGUCCCUGCUGAGACAGACAGACCCCAUGAUCAUGCUGAAACAAACCCAGCCCGAGCGCUACAUCCACCUGGAGAACCUCCUGGCCAGGUCCUACUUUGAUCCUCGUGAGGCAUACCCAGAUGGGAGCAGCAAAGAGAAGCGGAGAGCUGCCAUUGCACAGGCUUUGGCUGGAGAGGUCAGCGUGGUGCCCCCGUCCCGCCUCAUGGCACUGCUGGGGCAGGCACUGAAAUGGCAGCAGCAUCAGGGCCUGCUUCCUCCUGGUAUGACAAUUGACUUGUUCAGAGGCAAAGCAGCUGUGAAAGAUGUAGAAGAGGAGAAGUUCCCCACACAGCUGAGCAGGCAUAUUAAGUUUGGGCAGAAGUCGCACGUGGAGUGUGCUCGGUUUUCUCCAGAUGGACAGUACCUGGUUACUGGCUCUGUGGAUGGCUUCAUUGAAGUGUGGAACUUCACUACUGGGAAGAUUAGGAAGGAUCUGAAGUACCAGGCGCAAGAUAACUUCAUGAUGAUGGAUGAUGCAGUGCUGUGCAUGUGCUUCAGCAGAGAUACAGAAAUGCUAGCAACUGGAGCACAGGAUGGGAAGAUCAAGGUGUGGAAAAUCCAGAGUGGUCAGUGUCUGAGGAGAUUUGAACGAGCGCAUAGUAAAGGUGUUACGUGCCUCAGUUUCUCUAAAGACAGCAGCCAGAUUCUUAGUGCUUCUUUUGAUCAGACAAUCAGGAUUCAUGGUUUAAAAUCUGGGAAGACCUUAAAGGAAUUCCGUGGUCAUUCCUCCUUUGUCAAUGAAGCCACUUUUACCCAGGAUGGCCACUACAUUAUCAGCGCCUCGUCUGACGGCACAGUGAAGGUUUGGAAUGUGAAGACGACAGAGUGCUCAAACACCUUCAAGUCUCUUGGCAGCACUGCUGGGACAGACAUUACUGUGAACGGUGUCAUUCUGCUGCCUAAAAACCCAGAACACUUCGUUGUUUGCAACAGAUCGAAUACAGUUGUCAUCAUGAAUAUGCAAGGACAGAUUGUAAGAAGCUUUAGCUCUGGUAAGAGAGAAGGUGGUGACUUUGUGUGCUGUGCACUUUCACCCCGUGGUGAAUGGAUCUACUGUGUUGGUGAAGAUUUUGUGCUUUACUGCUUCAGCACAGUGACUGGCAAGCUGGAGAGAACCCUGACUGUUCAUGAGAAGGAUGUCAUUGGCAUUGCUCAUCACCCCCACCAGAACCUGAUUGCCACUUACAGUGAAGAUGGGCUCCUCAAGCUGUGGAAGCCAUAGGCGGAUGUUACAUCCAAGCUCUGAAGCGUGCCUGUUAGUUUCAGUUUAUUAUUGUUUGUGCUUUAACAAGAUCUAAGUGUACAGAGUAUGAUACUUGCUCAGUUUUUAGUUCGGUUUUCCAGAGAA